CUUCUUCUAUCAUCACCAUCAUCAUUUUCUCAUUUGUUCUUUUUUCUUCAUAGCAUUAUCUCUCGCUUUCUAUCCGCCACCAUGAUCCACAACGUAGGAAGAGUGCUCUGGGAGCGCGGCCAUGUCCCCAGCGACAAUGGCCCAGAGUCGCCUCAGUUGUCUUGGGAAUACAUCAUCAUCAUCCUCAACUACAUUGUCUUUAUCCCCGCCAUCCUCCUCAUCGACUACACCUUUAGCAAGGUCUUCCCCCUCCUUGCCAUGAUCGAGGAUGACAAGCCUCCCGCCUACGAGCCCCUCCCCGUUGAGCCCCUCGCCAACGGCAACGGCCCCAAGAUCCCCUCCACCACCGCUCCGGCUGUCAACGUCGCUGGCCCCGGUACUGACGGCCGGCCCGUCACCUCUUCCUUCCGCGCCACCUUCCGUCUGGUCCGAUCUCACGGAGGCUUCCGCGCCUGUUUCCGUGGCCUUCCCUGCCUCAUCGUCCAGAGCAUCUUCAGCGGCCUCAUCAUUGGCGCCUUCUCUCUCUGCCUUCCCUACGGUAUCGGCGUCUUCGUCGGUGGCCUCGUCAGCUCCAUCGCCCUCGUCCAGUUCAGAGCCGCCUGGAUUCACCAGGUCAUCACCCCGCAAUCUGCCCGAAGCUUCUGGUCCCGCUUUCCCCCCUUCAAGACCACCCUCAAGGCCACCUGGAGGCCUACUCUCAUCUUCUGGGCCGCUGGUCAGGCUGCCUUUGCCCUCUGCGGUCUCCUUAUCAACACCCUCAACAUCCAUAGGGUCAGUGACCCCUUCAACCUUUCCGUCAGGAUCCUCCUUGCCAGCCUCAUCCUUAUCCUUGGCGAGGUGAUCCUGCUCAUCCCCGCCUGGGUUGUUCUCGUCCGUAUCCAGGCCUCCCUCCUCCCCGCAGACGAGGACACCAUCGUCCCCUUCGACCGCUCCUUCAACGGCAGGGUUGAGCCUGCUGUCGUCGGCGGACCUGGCUAUGCCAGCGUCGCUGACGCCUGGUCCAGCUUCUCCAAGGCUGCUUGGCGCCGUAUCAUCCUGCUUCAUGUCAAGAUCCUGGGUGUCACCAUCGGUGUUGGCGGGCUUCUUGGUGCCUUUGUUGGCCUCCAGAUCUUCAUCUUUGGCGUCGUCGCUGCUUCCAAGAGUGGCAACUCUGGCAAGACGGGCAACUAAACUGUCCUCUGAACUCUCAGAACUGACUCUCACGGCUUCUCGACUCAACCAUCUCCUGUAGCAUCUUCCACGUAUAGCGUACCAUGUAUGUAGUGUACAAUAAGGAGUGCACCAUUGGAUUAAAACAAUACCACAUAUCACAUUUCUUGUCGAUCUGGUCCCGCUCUGGUAACCAAAUCAAACCGGUUGGAAACUCAAUUCAUUAACUCUCUUAAACUUCA